UAAAACAAACACUGUUGACGAGCUAACAAUGUUUCUAAAGUCGAAUUAAAAUAAUACUGUUACGAAAUAAGUUUGUGGAAAUUAUAACCUCAAAUACAAGAUGAGUUCCAUCCAAGAGAGGUUGCAGCUGAAAAGAGUGCCUUUAGACACUUGGAAUAUACGAGAACAACUAUGUCUAGCGUCGGCCGUCGUCAGGAGCGGUGAUCAGAACUGGAUGUCAGUGUCUAGAGCCCUGAAAACAGUGGGGGAGCCUAAUAGGCCGCCGGAUUGGUAUUCGCAGAAAAGUUGCGCAGCGCAAUAUGGAGCCCUACUGGAGCAUGUGGAAACUCCGAAACGCAAAAAGCGCAGCUCGGAAGGUGCAGUGGAGACUCCGCAGGAGAGCAUACUCAAAAGGCUUACACAGGAGCGCAUAGUUGAAAUUCAAAAGACCAUCGCUGAAAUGAACCAACAGUACGAGCAGUUAAAGAACGAAAUAAAUGAAACACGAAAUUCAUCCACGUCAGAAGAGCGCCUGCGCGAGAUUUGGGCGGAAGUAGAAACGGCGAAACGCGUGAGGGAGAGAGAAACAGCGCGACGCGCGCAGUGGCUCAAAGAUAGAGAGGAACGACGAGCUAGGGCUGAGAGGACUUGGCGUCCACCUGCACAGAGUACCACCAUAGCUCCAUCGCCCCCCACGACCCCUUCAUCCCCGCUGUUGACGUCACUCCUGAAGUCUUCACCGGUUGUCACGACUCCACAGCACAUAUCACAUCCUGCAAAUGUUGUCGAAACAGUGUCGCCUUCUGCUGGAGCCCCGACGCUGUCGAUGCUGUUGGAGAAAGGCGGCAGCGGGAGCGGAGGCACGUGCGCAAGCGGAAGCGGAGGCGUAAGCGGGAGCGUCAGCCCUCACGACAACAAGCACGCUGCGAUCGAACAUAUCAAAAGUCAAUUAGUGCAAAUUGAACAACAAUUGAAAGCAAGCACAAAUACCACGCCGCCUGUCCCGCUUCCUACUGUCACCGCGGUGGCCCCCGCGGUGGACAUCGACGACAUCGAGAUCAAGGCGGAAGACGUGUACGCCUUUCGGGACAUCGACAUACACAUACCUCCGGUUGGACAUUUGCACAAAGCUAAUGUUAGCAGACCUGAAAAACCCCCAUUUAAAAACGACGAAUCGGAGAUGCAAGCACCAGUCCUAGAAACCGUUACUGAACAAAGCGCCGUUAAUGAAGAAGAAGUUAAGGACGCGGCCACAGUGGUGGAUACCGAAGUAACCGACGAAAUACUUCCAGUCGACAUUGAAGCGGUACAAGCAAUAGAGACGCCGACAGACGAGCAGCAUGUGCCGGAGGUGGACAGCACGGCAUUCAAGAUCGGUUUUCCAGAAGUCAAGUUCCCCACCACUGAAAUUAAGGUUAUUCAACCGGACGAACAAAAAAUAAAAGAUGAAGUGAAAGAAACAGAAGUGCAAUCAGCAGUGGCUGAAAAAGAAGAUAAUACAGAUGUUCGUGUGGAGGACGAGCCAGUGAUUGAACAAGAAAGCACAAUCGAACAAACUACUCCAGACGUCGAAACGCCUGUUCAAGAACAGAUACAAGAGGAACCUAUAGUCGAGGAGGCCACACUAUUGCCUCCCGAACCUCAGAUAGUGGAACCCCCCAGUGAGGCAGCAGCACCAGAUGCUUCCCUUCCCCAAGAAGAAGUACCAGAACAGGCUAAAGAUGAAGAAAUUACAGAACAUGUAGAGCCUAAAGAGGAGAAUGUAGACAAAAGUGAUGACGCCAAGGUCGAGGAUCCUGAGGACUCCAUACCUCUCCGUGACAUGGUUUCCCUUCGCGAGGAGCCGUCAGCUCCUGUCGACGUGAAGGAGGAGCCUCCGAAUGAACAGGAGACCGAGGAGACACACACUGAGACGGAUGACGACACCCCUAUGGAGUUGAGCCGCGAGGAAGAGAAAGACGGGAAGAAGAAAAGGGAUUAUUCCAGAAAGAAGAAACCUGAUUCACGACCGUGUUCGGGCUCAGAGAGCGCUGCAGAAGCGAGUGCGCCGGAGUCACCCAGUGCCAACGACGCGGAACGGCAACAUCGCCUCUGGAAGAAGUCCGUCAUGCUCGUCUAUAGCAGACUAUGCGCGCACAAGUACGCGUCGAUCUUCCUCCGACCAAUCACCGACGAGGAGGCCCCGGGCUACAGCAUGGUCAUCAAACGACCGAUGGACCUCACCACGAUACGGCGGAAUAUCGAAGCAGGGGUCAUCAGGACGACAGCGGAGUUCCAACGCGACGUCCUGCUUCUGUUGUCGAACGCCUUGAUGUACAACAGCAGCGAACACAGCGUCUACACAAUGGCCAAGGAAAUGUUCGAAGAGGCGGUGUGCCAGCUGGGCAUGCUGCUGGCUGCGCAGGCGCACGCGGGUCUGAUGGUGCCGCUGGGCCCGCAGCGCCGCAAGCGCCGCCGCGACACCAGCCCGCUCAACCCCGCGCACGCCAAGCGCCACUAGCCCCGGACAUUACCAAAAUUUCUGAACAUCUGUAUUGUUACAAUCCUACAGCCCGUAGCUUCCUAAAAUGUAAUAAAUAUAAUUUCAUUCUUCAGGCUUAUGCAACUAUGCCCUCAGUUUUGUAUACAAAACGUAUUUGUCUAUGGUCAUAUACAGGCCUACCGAGAGGUGACAGUUUUACACGGGAUCAUUUCAACAAGAUUUUUCUGACGAUAUUCAAUAGCAACAAAGUGAACACUGAACUUGCUAACCAUUUUGAAGCCGUCUGUACUAUGAUCAGUUUCACUGCAUACACGGUUAAAUAUUUAUUAUAUUGCGUAGUUAAUUACGCAUAUAGUUGCUAAGUACAAAUUGUCUUUAUUGUAUUUUUUGUCCUGUAAACUCCAUACUGUGAAAUAUGAAUAA